AUGAGGCACCCGAAUAGUAAUGAAGUUCGUUCAUUUGUGGAUUUGGUGACCGAUGUGAUAGUUGAUGAUGCUAGUGCAACAAUGAAUGUUGAGGACAAAUUGGAAGCCGUUUUGCUCAACCUAGAUGAUGAUGAGAAGAGUGAUGGCUAUGUGGAGUGUGUAAAUGCAUUGCAAGAUGCCUCCAACAAAGCCCUCAAUCGAAUAGCUUCCUACCUUGGAGCUAAAGCCAUUGCUCCCGCACCUCAGGCAGAGUCCACAUUGGAGGUGCUACAAAGGUGGAAAAAGAAAUCGGUUGGACUUUGUGAUGUUGCGGUUGGAGCGCUAUUGGGGCAAAGAAUCAACAAAAUCUUCCAUCCGGUCUACUAUGCUAGCAAGAUCAUGAAUGAUCCCCAAGUCAACUACACAGUGACCAAAAAUGAGCUACUUGCUAUUGUGUUUGCCAUGAAGAAGUUCCAGCCAUAUUUGAUGGGUACUAAGGUGAUUGUUCACACUGACCAUGCGACGCUUUGGUAUUUGAUGAGCAAGAAAGAUUCUAAAGCAAG